CUUGUUAACGAUGAAGAGCAGCGCCGAAUAGUAGCAGGAGGUUCAAUAAACACUCCACCGUAUCAUUGCAAUUCGCCGUUAUCCUCUUACCCUGUGAUCUGCGAAAAUGAAACCAAAGGUUCCGCACAGGUUCCCUUUACUCUUUUACCAUACUCGUUACCUCAACCACACUAAGCCCUUCACUUCCUUCGCUAAAAAGCUUCCAACACCUCACGCUCGCCCCUCUAUCAACUCUGGAAAUGGAAACUCUCAAGGGGAUUCUUCUUAUCUUCUACCUGGAGCAACCGUUGCUACCAUACUUAUGCUUGGUGCUCUCCAUGCCAGACGAAUGUAUGAUGACAAGAAGACUGAGGAUAUGCGAGAAAAAGGAAUUGAGAUGGAGUUCCAACCUGAUGUGAAGGCUUCAUUUUUGAGAUUACUGCCUCUGCGAUCAAUUUCUAGAUGUUGGGGAGAGUUGACUAGCUUGGAAAUACCAGUGUGGUUAAGGCCACACGUAUACAGAGCUUGGGCUCGGGCAUUCCAUUCAAAUUUAGAAGAAGCUGCUUUACCUCUGGACAAGUAUGCAUCUUUAAAGGAAUUUUUUGUCCGUGCUUUGAAAGAAGGUUCCCGGCCUAUCGAUGCUGAUCCUCAAUGUCUGAACAGUCCUGUGGAUGGUACAAUCUUAAGAUUUGGUGAGUUGAAAGGAGCGGGGGCAAUGAUUGAACAAGUUAAAGGGUUUUCUUAUCCUGUUUUUUCCCUUCUUGGUGCAAGAUCUCUCCUUCCAACGAGAGUUGAUAGCGAUGUGCAAGAGGAGCAUAGUGAAUCAAUAGCUACUACUGAGAAGAGCAAGAAAUCAUGGUGGAGAGUUUCAUUAGCUUCUCCAAAAGUUUGGGACCCAACAUUAUCUUGCCCAAAGAGAGGCCUUUUUUACUGUGUGAUUUACUUAAAGCCUGGAGAUUACCAUCGGAUACAUUCCCCAGCUGACUGGAAUAUUCUUGUACGCAGACAUUUUUCUGGCAAUCUCUAUCCUGUGAACGAACGUGCUACAAGAACAUUUAGAAACCUUUAUAUUGAGAACGAGAGGGUUGUCCUUGAAGGUGUAUGGCAGGAAGGGUUUAUGGCACUUGCUGCAGUUGGUGCUACAAAUAUUGGGUCAAUUAAGCUUUUCAUUGAGCCCGAACUUCAGACAAAUAAGCCAAAGAAAAAGUCAUUGCAUUCAGAGCCUCCUGAAGAACGGGUCUAUGAUAGUGAAGGUGUUGGUAGAGUACUCAAGAAAGGGGACGAGUUAGGUGCUUUCAACAUGGGAUCAACUGUUGUACUUGUUUUCGAAGCUCCAAUUUCAAAACUGCUUCAUGAGGGUGAUUCAUCAGAAGAGUUCAAUUUCUCUGUCAAAUGUGGUGAUAAAAUACGAGUUGGCGAGGCUCUAGGGAGAUGGCAUAGUCCGUGACCAUGAUAAUUUUGUCUGCCAUUCAUCAUAUUCCCCAGGCUCACUUUUCUAACUUUAAUUUAUUUUUUUACAUUCUAACUCAAUAGUAUUGUAUUUGAAAAUUUGCGCAAUAUUAAUAGUGAUACUACAUAUACUAUGUUUUUUUUACAUUGAUUGAAAUAUCUGUGAAUAUCAAUUUCCACCAAUAACAUUUGUUUCAUUUUUCUGUUGGGUCAAUGAAAACAACUUCUUUUCUAAUAAUUGCUUAUUUGCAGUUCAGUUUGCCGACUCUCGAUCUGACACUUCAUUUAGUUUUCAAUUUUAGAUGCAUGCUUCAAAGCUGUGCUGAUAAAUCAUUUGAUAUGAUAGGAUACAUCAUAUGUCAAUAGAAAAACACUGUAGGAAGCAGGAUCAUAUAACAAAACUUAUGGGACUCCUAGAGUGAUGUGUGGACUUGAAAUUCAUCUGAAAUUGACCAUAAAAUAAUAAAUUUAUGCUGAAAAUCUAGUGGUGGGAUGGGAAUAUAUGGUAGGUAUGAAGGAACUUUCAAGGUAUUUACCAUUUUGGUUCAAUAUGCAUAUCUUACAUUUGAGACACUGUCACAUGAAUUGUGUGCCUAACUUGCACGAUUGAACCUCUCCAUCCCAACAUGUACACAUCUUCAUUCUACAAAUGCUUCGACAACACCUUAUCACUACUUCUUUUCAAAUGGCCCACUCAAAUUAAACACCUGUUGUUGUCACAAUAAUGAUAACAGUUCAUUAGAAGUGACUUUUGCAUAAUUUUGCUCUAUAAUAUAACAGGGAAAUUCAAAUUGAAGAAUUGACAAGUUAAUAUUUAAAAUUUUGUUGUAUGAGAUGACAUUAAUGUUAAACAAGGAAGGAUCAUAGAAAAUACAUACUUUUUUUAUACU